CCCUACAGACCCCCAACCUUUUGACUGACCACGGUUUCCCAACCUUACUGUCGCCAGCUUCAACCUCUUGCAUCGACGAAGAUGCUUCGUACUGGCAAAGCCCUCAGAUUUCGUGCAGGUAUUGGCACUUUUCGUGAUUUCGUGACGUGUUAGGCGCCUUUCUUAUCGCUAUCUCGAAGGUCCCUCUCGCACUAUGCUCCCUAAGGGCCAGCAUGGUCCCAAAAUCGGUCCCAAAAUCGUACAGCCUUUCAAUGACACGACACAAGAUGGCUUUUCAGCCCAUUUAAUGGCUUUCAAUACGCCUGCUGGACCACAGGCAUUUCCAUCUCAACCCUAUAUACCUCGAUCUCUGGGACCUCCACAGUAUGCCUUCGCUGUCCGCCUGAGCCCUCACCAUGCCUUGCCGGAUACAGGUUACCAAUCGCGUCCCGGUGACGGAUCACAAUCCCGCGGUGCCUCCGAGCAUAUGUUGCGCAGGAAGACUCCGAACGGCACACUGGCAGCUGGCUACGAUGGUACUCCGGUCCACUGGUCGACUGAACCCCCGCCGACCAAACAUGUAGUUCUUCCUUUGUCUAGCCUUCCGCGAGAAACAAAUCGAAAGGGGCAAGAGCACCCAUAUGGCGCUGUACACGGCCAAAAUGGCCACGCCAGAAGCAGCUCCUACCAACAACAGCCAUACCAACCCCAAACCUCGAGUUCGACGAGUGGAGCGUGGGAUACAUUUGGUGGUAGCGGGGUUUGGACACGCGUGCCCCCCCUCUUUCUCCGCGGGCAAACAAUGGGCAACGGCGCGAAUGUUGACUAUAACACCACAAAGUUUGCAUAUAACGGCAUGCUUGUGCCAACGGUUAUUCAGCCGCCCUUCCAGUCCUGCCUUGGCCCAACGGCCUCGAAUGACCCUGGAAUAUACGGACCAUACUACGCGGAUGGAAGAUAUCUGGCUUAUAGGCCAGCUGCUGUGCGGGAUACUGGUUAUCAUUCAUUUAACCGCUGUUCUUGUACAAUUCAAGGAGUGCCACCUUGUAACCAUGUCUGCCAGGGCAUGGAGCCAUAUCCCAUUUCGCUCGGACAUAACCAGCUGCCAAAUGGUCAUCAGCUGCAUGUUGAUCCCUCGAAAGAUCAUACUGGCAUAAUGGACGAAUUUGCUCCACACGGCAAGACGGUCGACCGCAUGAUUACUGGACACACAGCAGCUAACACAAAUCUACAUAAUGGCCCGAGCUACUACCAGGUGCCUUUCGGGGCAGGAAAUCAUCAUGUUCAAUUUAAAGAAAGGGUUCUUGGAUGGGCACACCACAUAUACGUGGACCUUUUGGCUUCUAUACAUCAGUCUAAGAAGGAAGCGCAUCAAGAACGCAAAAAGCAAGGCCUUCAGCGUUCAUACUCUCAGACACACAUAUAUCCAAGGCCGCCCCGUCAAACAGCCUUUAUGCUUCGGCGACCAUCGGAUCCUGCCCAUAACAGCUAUGCCACACCAUCUUAUUCGAACGACUUUGGGCAGAGUCACGAUCCCAAACAUGAACCUGGCCCCAAUCGCCGACGGUCAAACUCUCUCAUUAGCAUAAUGGAGGAUAAGAGGUCGUUUGACAACCGAGCACCUGUGUCAAAACAGAACAUUGGCGGGGGCUAUUUCGGCUCCAAUACUCAUAGCGGAGAUCAGGGAAACAACCCACUGCCUUUAUACCCCCAAAGUUUUCCUCGGGGGCUUCCCCAACGUGGCUCAAUCAAGGAAACAGCAAAAUAUGCUCUCGAAAUACUAGGCAAUCUCUGUCAAGAAAGCGGGUGGCGCUGGAUCGACGGAAUGCUAUUGGGAGGAUGUUUAGCAUAUGGCUUGGAAGAGUAUGAGAAAGCACUUGAUUGGUAUAGCAAGAUUGUUGCUCUUGAUUCAAGCCAUGUGGAAGCUAUUUCGAAUCUGGCUGCCACUCUUCUGUCUCUGAACAGGAGAGAAGAAGCCGAGCAGCAUUGGCUACAAUCGGUAAAAUUACGUCCGAGUUACUUCGAGGCUGUCGAGCAUCUUAUCGGGCUUUUAUGUGGAGACCACAGAGCAGACGAGGCCAUCUCUAUAAUUGACUUUGUAGAGCGAUCACUUCGCCUUUCAACUUUUGAUGAGCAAGACCGAGAGAGCGAUACAUCAAGUGAUGGAGGACUCUCAUCAAGUAGCUCUGCCUAUACUUCUGAACAUGCCUUUGAUUUCGAUCCUAGGCCGAGCAACCAUACAUUUUCAAGACCACUAGGCGACGAUAGUUUCAAGCAGCCCGGAUAUGGAUCCAGUGGAUAUGCAAUCGCUGGUUCUGAUAAUGGACGAAUGUUAGCACUGAUCCAUGCCAAAGGCAAUAUGCUCUACGCUGCUGGAGAUAUUAGUGGUGCCUCCCGGGCAUUUGAAGAUGCCGUUCUUGUCAGUGUUGGCAGGAGAGUUCAUGGUAUUCAUGGCCUCAUUAGGAACAUCCUCAAUGUCGUAUCGUCCAUGGAUGUGUUCAACCCCACCGCCCGCCAAAGUGCCUUGUGCAUGCCUACCACAGGGGAGCUUAUGCCAGUGCUGUUACCCCCAGAGAAAGCACUGCGAACCGCUGCACUGGUAUUUUCCAAGCAUUGUCAGCUACCCGGACUUCGCUACACCUCACAAGGAGCUCCAAGGACCUCUGCUAUAUCCACGACGAGCAACUCUUUGCUAUCACUUGCAAAAAUCUUUCAAGAUGGCAUGACAAAUGCUAGCAAGUCACCAAUGGAAACGUCACGGCCUUGCGGCACAGCUGAUAUCCUUGCGCUCUACUAUUUAUCACUCUCAUUGCAGCCUAGCCCUUCAACCUCAAACAACAUAGGAAUACUUCUAGCAGGUAUUCCUCAGCAAAUCUCCGACCGUACUGUACAAAUGGCAGAGGCAGAUUCAGCCCCGACAAUUCCAGGGGUUAAGCCUGGCAGCGGUGUUGCGCUUGCUCUAGCCUAUUACAACUAUGGCUUAAAUCUAGACUCUCGCCAUGCCCAUCUAUAUACCAAUCUCGGCAGUCUAUUAAAGGAUAUCGGUCAGCUCACUGCGGCCAUCAAGAUGUACGAGCAAGCUGUCGCUUGCGAUGGGAAUUUUGACAUAGCGUUGGCCAACCUAGCCAAUGCGGUCAAGGACCAAGGCAGGAUAAGCGAUGCUAUAGAGUAUUAUAAGCGCGCCGUGGCGUCAAGCCCCAACUUUACGGAGGCCGUUUGUGGGCUUGCCAAUGCGCUGAACUCUGUGUGCGAUUGGACUGGGCGCGGGGGCGUAAUUUUUGAAGGGGCAAAGUACGACCGAUGGCAUGUUGGCGAAGAUGGGAUGCUCUGUGAUGCCAAAACCAGUGUGGCCGGGACUGGAUGGGUGAAGCGCGUAGUCGCUAUCGUAAACAAGCAACUCGAAGAUGGCGCCAGCUGGGGCUGCGGUACUCUGAAUAGCCAGGUUCUCCGUUCUAUGCUGCAAGAACUCGAAAUUGCAGAUACAGGUAGUCGAUGGUCAAACGACAAGGCUUCAACUAUGCUUGCAAGACUGAGCUCUUGGGCAGGAAAGCCAUGGGAGGGGGCUCGUAUUGUACGCUUGAUUGAACGAGCUAUCAAGAGAGCUAUGCACCGAUGGUACACAGACAAAUACGUCCGCCGACUGGAUUUCCCAAAGUUAAGCUAUGCCCGACCUCAUCUUCCGAGUUCGCUAACUGUACCGGGAGCACCGACUGUGCUUCCUUUCCACACUUUUACCUGCCCACUCUCUGCCAAAGACAUCAGGAUGAUUUCGGAGAGAAAUGCCAUGCGUAUCUCGUGUGCUGCGCUGCGUGCACCAUGGCUCCCGCAGACCGUGUAUCCACCGCCACCGCCGCCAUCACCAACGCUCAACAUUGGCUAUAUCUCCUCAGACUUCAACAACCAUCCUCUUGCGCACUUGAUGCAGUCCGUAUUUGGAAUGCAUGACCCACGAAAGGCAAAGGCAAUCUGCUACGCCACAACGUCAAGCGACAAUUCGGUCCACAGGCAGCAAAUAGAAAAGGAGGCCCCGGUGUUUCGCGAUACCAGCGGCUGGCCCUCGGACAGGUUGGCGCAACAGAUUGUGAAAGAUGAAAUCCACAUUCUUGUGAAUUUGAAUGGGUAUACACGAGGCGCAAAGAACGAAGUCUUUGCGGCGCGCCCUGCUCCUAUCCAGAUGUCCUUUAUGGGAUUUGCGGGCACGCUCGGCGCAGAGUGGUGCGAUUACAUCUUGGCCGAUGAAACGGCUAUACCACGAAGCACCCUGCGACCUUGGAGACGCAACAUUGACCUAGACGAUCAGCUCCGUUGCGAUGAGUCGGUUGACGAGGAAGACUGGGUCUAUUCAGAGAAUAUUAUCUUCUGUCGAGAUACAUUUUUCUGCUGUGACCAUCGGCAAAGCAGUGAAGAUCGUCAGCUUCCUUGGGCAGGAGAGCAGGAGCGGAGGUGGAAAAUGAGAAAGGAGCUCUUCUCAGAUCUUCCUGACGAUGUAAUCAUUCUUGGGAAUUUCAAUCAGUUAUAUAAGGUUUGUAUUCUUCGAUUUAUUGUGAGAUCAAUACUAACAAAUAUCUUCAGAUUGAACCCACGACGUUCCGCACAUGGCUUCGGAUACUCGCAAACGUGCCCAAGGCCGUUCUGUGGUUACUCCGAUUCCCUGACCUUGGGGAAAGCAAUCUCCGGCGGACAGCUCGACUGUGGGCAGGCGAGGAGGUAGCAUCACGUAUACUGUUCACCGAUGUGGCUCCAAAGAAUCUACAUAUAUCCCGGGCACGGAUUUGUGAUUUAUUCCUCGAUACCCCGGAAUGCAAUGCUCACACUACGGCCGCGGACAUCCUGUGGUCGUCAACUCCACUCCUGACUCUGCCCAGGUACGAGUACAAGAUGUGUUCACGCAUGGCAGCCUCCAUCCUGAAGGGUGCAUUACCUCGGUCCGACGAGGGAUUUGAUGCUGCGUCAGAACUCAUUGCUACGGAUGAGGAGCAGUACGAGGAAUUUGCGGUGAAGUUGGCCAGCGGGCUGCGUUAUGACGAGCAAGGGGUGGGCAGUGGAAGGCUCAGUGAUCUCCGGCGACUACUCUACGAGAACCGCUGCCACAGUGCGCUGUUUGAUACGAAGAGGUGGGUCUCGGAUCUUGAGAGGGCGUAUAAUGAGGCGUGGCUUAGAUGGGUCGAAGGCACUGGGGGAGACAUUUAUUUGUGAGGCGAGAUUUAAGGGAUUUAAUGUUCAGGGGUAUUUUUGAGGGCGCAUUUAACAGCGAAAGCUGGCUGGAUAGACUUGGAAGGUGUUAAUGGGGCGUCGCAAGCGCCUGCUGCUUUACGUGGCGUUGAUGUUGGAUAUUGGAUCGAGGGGUCCCGCUCGCGGAUCAGUCCACCGACCCCGGUUGGAGUUAUCUGAUUUUAUUAAGUGUCGUUUUAUAUCCCCCCAAGAUUAGAGCCGUGGGACCCCUGGAAGGUUUACAUGAACAGGUGGAGGUGGUUACACAUAUUGUUAUGUCGGCAGUGAGGUGGCCUUGGGCAAUGGCUGGCACAGCUGCUGUAACCGCACUCUUGGACUCGGAUGAGAGUGAUCUACAACCAGGGUUCUGGGGCGAUCAGGGGGCGUUUUCUUGCACGGUUGACCAUGCAUAUUGAACAGACCUUGGCUAUAUUUCAGAUAGUUAUUGCAUUUUCAAGGCUAUGACGCCCAUCCAUCCAUCGUCGGAAGCACGGAUUAGGGUAGCUGAAGAGCAGGGUGCGGAGAGUAGUAGCGUACCAGCCCAAUGCGUUCUGGCUUACCGAUUACGAACCAAAUAUAUGCGGAAGGGUGGGAAGUGUGGGGGAGGCUUGAGAAAGCCCUCUUUUUCAUUCCCUGGCACCGCAAUCAAUGACUAUGUACGGUACUUUCCAUACGGAAGAUGCAUUUGGAUGUACCACCUGGUGGGUACAGCAUAAAUGAUUGUAAUGUAUGCAGGGUGAGAACGGAUGACGAAGAUGGCAACGACAGCAGACAAGGGACAAGGGAUGAAGGAGGAAGCGAGUUAAGCGACAGAGUGUGCGACAUGCACGGGUGUCAUGUCUGCCACGCACUCCUGAGACUGUCUGAGUAGGGGUAAGCGAAUAAUGGAGGACCGGGACUGGUGUUGAAAGGCUGGUUGCCGUUGUGAUGGUGGUCGCUUGCCGGUGCUGGUUUGGUUUUGGUUUUGGGGUUAGAUAGAGUACAGUAAGGCCAGACACAGGUUUACUGUUUCUGUAACUCCCCGCUUUCCCGCUUUGUUUCUUGUUUGGCCGUCCGCCGCCAUCAUUCAUGUCGGUCAUCUUAUCGUUGAGGGUUGAGGGGGGGAGGUGGGUACAUCAUGCAUACGGCACUGCACGGUACUGUACUGUAGAACUCCAUACAUCACCACUCAUCGUUCAUCGUUCGCUCACGGCCAUGGUGCAGUAGCAGAGUAUCAGAUCAGACUCCACACAUGGAAUCCGCGGGAAUCACAAAUCAGUGCCGGCUUGCAUGUAUGGAGUAUGUGGCACCAGGCACAGUAGCUAGGCACAGUGCGGUGCAGUGCAGUGCAGUGCAGUGC